UUAAUUCAAAUAAAGUGGCUGUCCACAUCAAAUAUCAUCUAAGAUGGUAUGAAAAUGUGGUAUAAAAAUAUAGUAUGAAUAUCAUUAAUUUGGGUCUUGACAACUUUUUUUCUUUUUUGAACAAACGAUAUUACGUACAAUAAGGGAUGUGCUUAAAUUUAUAAUUUUAGAUUAAAAUUACCAAUCAACCUUGGCGAAAAGAAGUUAUCUAAAACGUAUAUGUUAUGAAGUCAUGGCAGUAAAUGUAGUCUUGAGAAUGAGAAGUGAUGAGUAGGAGAAUGUUAAGUUCAUAACUUUUCAAUUUUCAAUGAUACAAAAAAAAAAAAAAAAUUCGCCCAUGAAAAAUGAUACAACAAAGUAUGCAGUUUUUUAAAUCAAAAUUACUAUUAUUCACAUAUUAUGUACUUUUGAAGUUUAAUACAUAUAUAAUUCACGUAUUUGCGAGUAACACCACAUUCAUGAUUUUGGUAUUUUCUUGUUAAAAUUUACAAAUAAUAUUGACACAUUAGUUUUUAUUUUGAAGAAAUUUAUCAUUUUGGUGGUGUAAACCCUUUUUCCUCUAUGAAGUCCAACAACAAAUAAAAAGAUGGAAAUUUCAUCAAAUUAAAAAAAAAAAAAAAAAAAAAAAGAGUUGUUAAUAGGAAAGGAGAAAACCAAAAACCAAAAAAUAAAGACUAGGAUUCUCUUCCCUCCUUUUCCAUCUCAUUCCCUCCCAUUCUCUUACAUUCUCUAUUUUGUCUUUCUUUUUUUAUAUAAAUUAAUAUAAAAUGUUGAUGUGGUUUAACCGUGACCGUUCAAAUAAGAGGGGAAUAAGGGAAGGGAAAAAAUAGGGGAGAAAAUCCUACUCCAAAAAAUAGUGAGCAUAUGUGUUAUUUUGCAUUUGGGCCUGCAAGUUUCAAGCACAUUUUCACUGUGUCGUCCACAGAGAGAGAGAGAGAGAGAGAGAGAGAUGCAGCUUACAUCUCUGAUAUCUACUAGCAGUAAUGGUACUUGUUGCUUACCUAAGGGUGCAGUGAAGCAAGGAGGACACAACCCAAUUUCCCAAAAGCAAGAAGAAUGAUAGUUUCUCAAGAGCUUGGCUCCCCCUCUAAUGGCUGUAGUUCUGACCUUAUCUCCACUCUCCAUCACUCCUGUCUCACAUGCACGAGCCGUAGAUGUUCAAAAAGGCGCUGCAUUAUUUCGCAAAACUUGCAUUGGAUGCCACGCUGCAGGUGGUAACAUAAUACAACCAGGCGCAACACUCUUUACUAAAGAUCUACAAAGAAACGGAAUUGACACAGAAGAGGAGAUAUACCGUGUUACUUACUUUGACAAGGGAAGAAUGCCGGGUUUUGUUGAGAAAUGCGCACCGAGGGGCCAGUGCACGUUUGAAGCCCGUUUGCAGGAUGAAGAGAUAAAGAUUUUGGCUAAGUUUGUGAAGUUACAGGCUGAUCAAAACUGGCCGAACAUUGUAAUUGCUGACUCAAGUUUUCGGUAAAGUGCUUCUUUGUUUAUUUGCAUAUAUUCAAUCGGCACGUUAAUUCUGGGCAUGAAUCUAUGUUGGUUUAUGAUUCAGUGUAGCUAGUGUUCUUACACUCUUGGUUUCAGCCUGCAAUCCUCCUACGCCAUGUUCACUUCUCAAAAAUGAACACUGAUCGACGUAAUGCUGGAUUACAUGCAAGGAAGAUAAUAUUCCUGUUUCUGCCCUUAGGCCUUUUCUGUAAUUUCCUGCACGUUCAUGUAGCUUGGUUUCAUA